AGUACCAGCUAUCAGCUGAUUUUUAUGAGUUUGUUUACAAAUUUGCCGGCGGUAGAAUUAACAAAAAAUAUAAAUUUUAUUAAUUUUUAUAAAAAAUAAAGGAAAAUGCGUCUGUAUUGCCUUAGUAAUGACUUGGCCAAACCGUGCUAUGUGAUCACCUUCAAGGGAUUACGAAUAAUGUUAGAUUGUGGUUUAACUGAACAGACAGUAUUGAAUUUUUUGCCUCUGCCAUUUGUGCAGAGCAUGAAACUUUCCAAUUUGCCCAAUUGGAUACCCAAUCGUGAGCAUGAUCCUCAAAUGGACGGUGAACUAAAAGAAUGCUGCGGACGGGUAUUUGUAGAUUCGUCGCCGGAAUUCACACUGCCCAUGGACAAAAUGAUGGAUUUUAGUGAAAUUGAUGUGAUAUUAAUAUCAAAUUAUCUUAAUAUGUUGGCUUUGCCCUAUAUAACCGAAAACACAGGUUUCAAAGGAAAGGUAUAUGCCACAGAACCAACCCUUCAGAUUGGUCGAUUUUUCCUAGAGGAAUUAGUGGAGUAUAUAGAAGUGGCUCCCAAGGCCAGUACAGCACAGCUGUGGAAAGAUAUGUUGCAUUUGUUACCAUCUCCUCUAAGCGAGGCGUUUCGUCCAAAGAAAUGGAAAACUAUUUUUGGUCUACGCGAUGUCCAUAACAGCUUGGCACGAGUUACUAUUAUGGGCUACGAUGAGAAAUUGGAUAUCUUAGGGGCUUUCAUAGCCACACCAGUAAGUUCUGGCUAUUGUUUAGGAUCUAGUAAUUGGGUAUUGAGUACAGCCCAUGAAAAGAUUUGUUAUGUCAGUGGGUCUUCAACGCUGACAACACAUCCGCGACCUAUAAACCAGUCGGCUUUAAAACAUGCUGACGUAUUAAUCAUGACAGGAUUGACACAGGCACCCACAGUCAAUCCAGAUACUAAAUUGGGUGAAUUAUGUAUGAAUGUGGCACUGACAAUUCGCAAUAAUGGUUCUGCUUUAAUACCAUGUUAUCCAUCGGGUGUUGUCUACGAUUUAUUUGAAUGUUUAACACAAAAUUUGGAAAAUGCUGGACUUAACAAUGUACCAAUGUUUUUUAUUUCGCCGGUUGCUGAUAGUUCAUUGGCUUAUUCCAAUAUUUUGGCCGAGUGGCUAAGUUCAGCAAAACAAAAUAAAGUUUAUCUUCCAGAUGAUCCAUUUCCUCAUGCCUUCUAUUUGCGUAACUCAAAACUAAAACACUACAAACAUGUAUUUUCAGAUGGAUUCAGUAAGGAUUUUAGACAGCCUUGUGUGGUAUUUUGUGGGCAUCCGAGUUUACGAUUUGGCGACGCUGUACAUUUCAUUGAAAUGUGGGGAAAUAAUCCUAACAAUUCUAUUAUAUUUACAGAACCGGACUUUCCAUAUUUGCAAGUAUUGGCGCCUUUCCAACCUUUGGCUAUGAAAGCAUUCUAUUGCCCAAUUGAUACUUCUCUAAACUACCAGCAAGCAAAUAAGUUGAUUAAAGAACUUAAACCUAAUGUUUUAGUUAUUCCUGAAGCAUACACAAAACCACACCCGAAUGCAUCGAAUCUAUUUAUCGAACAGCCAGACAAAAAAAUUAUAACAUUUAAAUGCGGGGAAAUCAUACGUUUGCCGCUGAAACGUAAACUAGAUCGAGUGUUCCUUACAUCAGAAAUGGCCCAAAAGAUUGUACCACGUGACGUUGGCAAUGGCGUGACUAUCUCCACCAUAACAGGCAUAUUACAAGUUAAGGAUAAAGUUCACAAUAUAAAACCCUGUAGUGAUGAAAACAGCGAACAACCUAGUGGUAGCAACAAAUUACCACCUCCGACACGUGAAGAUGUUUUGAAAAAUGUCAAAUAUGAAUAUGGUACACUUGAUGUAGACAUGCUAAUAAAACGACUCACACAAGAUGGCAUUACCAAUAUUAAAAUGGAGAGACAAGGCAACAUUCUGACACUACAUCUGGUCAAUGAGGACACGACAAUUAAGUUUGAAGAAAAUGAAACGCAUAUUGUAUGCGGUGGCAAGCAGUCGUUACGUUUAAAAUUAAGAGAUUCUCUAUUAAAAUGCUUACAAAGCUUUUAAUUUUUUAAUAACUUCCAUUAAAUAUGACAAGUACAACAAUUAAAUUAUCUUUUUUUUAAUAAAUAAUCAAC